AUGGAACGUUCUCAAUCUGCUCCCCCAGAAGGGGUGGACUUUGAGGGGAUGGGCAACAUCAAUCCUUUUUACUCCCGAAAGAUUAAGGAUGAGAUGAAACUGGAUUAUGCUAGACCCAAUUCUCUGCCAGUGACUGCAGUGUCGCCUGAAGACCAACAACCAAUCCAGAGUGAAGGUGCGAUUGGUAAAGGACGAGGUGUUUCGUCGGGGUCGGCUAUGGCUGCACGGAGCUCUGGGGGGACUUUUGUCACACCACCGAGUCGAAAGGCGACGCAGCGGGUGCUAGCUGCGGCGAAUCUGGAACUUGGAAUGCAAAGUCAGCGUGGUGGUGGCAAAACAGAGGGUCGUAUGCCGGAUGAAUCUGGAGAGAAAAAGCAUGGUGAUGUCAAUGUUUUGCAAAAUGAUCGGCACGUAGAUCAUGGGUCCGGUUCUCAAGUACAGAAACCUGUUGAUGAAUUGCAGCGUUCUUUGGAAAGGGAGCUAGUUGACCAUCUACGGGAUCAGAAUGCCAAGUUGUUGGCGGAAUUAGAGGAACUGCGCCAAUUGAAGCAGCAGUCCAGUGUGGGGCAUAGCCAGGUGUCCGUAUCUUCAUGGUCAGAAGUUCAGGGAGAUGGAUCGAAUGCUGGAAGGGUUUCCUCAAAGGUGGAUGAUGCAAAGCAGGGCUAUCACACCCCAAGGAGUUCAAACUGUAAAGCUGGUACUGGUAAACAGGAUACCCGGUAUACUCCAAAUGGAACACGGGUGCCAGAUGGGACUCCGCCAAGCACGGGUGAGCCAUGUCCUCCACCUCAACAUGAACCACCAGUUGUUCCACCUUUUCCUCCUUCUGUUGCACAAGAUGGUGAUGAUCACAUGAAGAAGUUUUUGGACGGCUAUGAAAAGGUUGAAGUGACAUCAAAAGUUUUGAAGAGAGAUGUUUCAUGGGAACCCCAAAAGGAGUUCACACCGAAUGAGGCCAGAACUUUCUGGUUAGAGAAGGAAGUUGCAUCACUGCGGAAUUCCCUAGCAAAAUUGACUGAUGGAAAUCCCCUGAAGUCCAGUGAAUAUUGGUCCCAAGGGUUUCAAAGAUCCGGUCAUGACCUCUCUGCUGCCGCUGCAACUGUAGAUGGAUCUGCACGGGCGGGGUAUUCGCAGCUUCGAGAGUGCGAUCGGGCUAGCAUUAGCGCUUCCGAUGUUCGCCUUCAAGAUCGGGCUGAAGCAGCUUGCAUGGUGCGUCAGGGAGACCAUCAAG